CGGCCUGGUUCUAUGGUCCUGAGAGUUCCGCGGGCGCUCGGCGGGGGGAGGCCGGGGGAUGGGGGGGCGCGCCGUCGAGGGUCACGACCUGUAGCAGCCUCGCCGCGCGGCCGGAGCCUCCUCGCCCUUCGCAGGCCUGGCCGCCAACGCGCCCCCUGCCAGCCUCUCCAACUGAAGCGGCCAAGAAAUGUGAUCUGGAGCUGCCGGGCAUGAACUCGUUGCUCUCCUCUACAGCCAGAAAAAGCUGCAGUUUGGAGCGAGUGUGAACCAUGUUUGUCUACGGGUGACUUCCGGGCUCUUCUGCAAAACACACUCGCCUGGGAGGCCAAAAUGUUCAGUGCAACCCAAUCAUCCAAGGCCGAGUUCCUGGACAAGGCCCGGCAGGCCCGGGAGGAGCGUCGGGAGCAGAAGGAACGUGAGCAGGCUGCGGUGCAGAUCCAAGCCCUCGUCCGAAGGUUUCUGUGCCGUUGUCGGCUGCAGAGGAAAAUCAGGAGCGAAGUGGAUAAUUUCUUUCACACCAGCGGUCCUGCCAAGAAGACGGCUCUUUCGCUGUUUAAAAUUUCCCGAAAGCUGCUCUUUAUUUUCAAGCUCCCUCAGGACAAAGAGAGAUUUGAAAAGCUGUGCCGCUGCAUCCUUAGCAGCAUGGAGGCAGAAAAUGAUCCUAAAGUAUGGUACGUAUCACUUGCACUCUCCAAGGAGCUGACUCUCCUAUGGAUCCAGCAAGUAAAGGAUGUGCUGUGGACUUGCUGUGAAUUUCUGAAGUUGCUCAAGCCAGACAUCUUGCAAGAUUCAAAACUGGUAAAUUUGCACCUCACAAUGCUGGUGACUUUUACGGACACCUCUACCUGGAAAAUCCUGCAGGGAAAAGGAGAAGCCCUGCGCCACGCCAUGAAUCACAUCUGUGCAAAUAUCAUGGGACAUCUCAACCAGAAAGGGUUUUACUCUGUGCUCCAGAUUUUGCUGACAAACGGUUUGGCAAGGUCUCAGCCUUCCUUUUCCAAAGGCACCUUAACAGCGGCUUUUUCUCUUGCACUGCGCCCGGUGGUUGCGGCUCAGUUUUCUGACAAUCUCUUGCGAUCCUUCUUGAUCCACAUCAUGUCCGUGCCAGCCAUCACGAGCCAUCUUGCAACACUGACACCGGAGCGCCUGGCAGUGAUGGAAUCCCAGGAUCUCCUGCGCAGGUUCCUGUUGUUCUUGAGCCGGGAAGAACAAUGCAGAGACGUCUGUGUGUGUCUGGAAGGAAGCCACACGCUCUGCCUUCUGGGCAACCUUGUCUACUUGGGCUCGCUGAAUGAGAAGGUGCUGCAGGAGGAGACCCCCCACUUUGUGAGCGUCCUGACGCAGACGCUCUGCUACUGCCAGAAGUACGUCUCGCAGAAGAAGUCCAACCUCACCCACUGGCACCCGGUCCUUGGCUGGUUCUCCCAGACGGUGGAUUAUGGCCUGAACGAGUCGAUGCCUUUGCUCACCAAGCAGCUUCAGCACCUCUGGGGGGCCCACAUGAUCCGGAUCCUCUUCAGCGACGUGCUCAGCAAAAAGCUCCUGGAGAGCCAAGAAGCUGCUCGCCAGCCCCCGCCAGCCUCCUCCCCACAGAGCAGCCUGCCCGUGAAGAGUCUUUUCAGACGCGCCUUCCAGAAAUCGACCUCGGUCCGCAACAUCCUGAAGCCCAUCGGUGGCAAAAGGGUGGAUUCGGCGGAGGUGCAGAAGGUGUGCAGCAUCUGCGUCCUGUACCAGAUGGCCCUGACCACCUUGACGCAGAUCCGGCUGCAGAUCCUCACAGGCCUCACCUACCUGGAUGACCUCCUGCCCAAGCUCUGGGCCCUCAUCUGUGAGCUGGGCCCCCAGGGGGGCCUGAAGGUCUUCCUGGAGUGCUUGAACAACCACACGGAGGAGUCCAAGCGGCUGCUGGCCAUGCUGAUGCUCUUCUGCGACUGCUCGCGCCAUCUGAUCACGAUACUUGACGACAUUGAAGUCUACGAAGAGCAGAUCUCCUUCAAGCUGGAAGAGCUGGUUACGAUCUCCUCUUUCCUGAACUCCUUUGUCUUUAAGAUGAUCUGGGACGGGAUUUUGGAGAAUGCGAAGGGGGAAACCCUGGAGCUCUUCCACUCGGUCCACAGCUGGCUGAUGGUCCUCUACGAGAGGGACUGCCGGCGGCGUUUUGCUCCCGAAGAACACUGGCUGCGCAAGGACCUCAAGCCCAACUUGCUGUUCCAGGAGCUCGACAAAGAUCGGAAGCGAGCCCAGCUGGUCCUGCAGUACAUCCCUCACGUUGUCCCCCACAAAAAUCGGGUUCUUCUCUUCCGGAAUAUGGUCACCAAAGAGAAAGAGCAGCUGGGCUUGGUGGAGACCAGCUCUGCGUCGCCUCACGUCACCCACAUCACGAUCCGUCGGUCCCGCAUGCUGGAGGAUGGCUACGAGCAGCUGCGCCAGCUUUCCCAGAACGCCAUGAAGGGCGUCAUCCGGGUGAAGUUUGUGAACGACCUGGGCAUGGACGAAGCGGGCAUCGACCAGGACGGCGUCUUCAAGGAGUUCUUGGAGGAGAUCAUCAAGAAGGUCUUUGACCCAGCGCUCAACCUCUUCAAGACCACCAGCGGGGACGAGAGGCUGUACCCGUCCCCCACUGCUUACAUCCACGAGAACUUCCUGCAGCUCUUUGAGUUUGUCGGGAAGAUGCUUGGAAAAGCUGUUUAUGAGGGAAUUGUGGUGGACGUUCCCUUUGCCUCGUUCUUCCUGAGCCAGUUGCUUGGCCAUCACCACAGCGUCUUCUACAGCUCAGUGGACGAGCUUCCCUCCUUGGACUCCGAGUUCUAUAAGAACCUGACCUCCAUCAAGCGCUACGAAGGAGACACCAGCGACUUGGGCCUAACCCUCUCCUACGAUGAAGAUGUGAUGGGCCAGCUUGUGUGCCACGAACUCGUUCCAGGAGGAAAGACCAUCCCCGUGACCAACGAGAACAAGAUCAGCUACAUCCACCUGAUGGCCCACUUCCGCAUGCACACCCAGAUCAAGAACCAGACGGCCGCUUUCAUCAACGGCUUCCGGUCCAUCAUCAAGCCCGAGUGGAUCCGUGUCUUCUCCGCACCUGAGUUGCAGCGGCUGAUAUCUGGAGACAAUGCUGAGAUCGACCUGGAGGACUUGAAGAAACACACCGUCUACUACGGGGGCUUCCAUGGCAGCCACAGGGUCAUCCUCUGGCUCUGGGACAUCCUUGCCCACGAUUUCAGCCCCGAGGAAAGAGCCAUGUUUCUCAAGUUUGUUACCAGUUGCUCCCGGCCGCCGCUCCUGGGCUUCGUCUACCUCAAGCCCCCCUUCUCCAUCCGGUGCGUGGAAGUGUCGGACGACCAGGACACAGGGGACACCCUGGGCAGCGUUCUGCGGGGCUUCUUCACUAUCCGGAAGAAGGAACCGGGGGGGCGCCUGCCCACCUCCUCCACCUGCUUCAACCUCCUGAAGCUGCCCAACUACAGCAAGAAGAGUGUCCUGAGGGAGAAGCUGCGCUAUGCCAUCAGCAUGAACACGGGCUUUGAGCUCUCGUAGCAGCCCUGGCGGGAGAGAAGGGACCAGGACCGGCUGGCCAGACAAGCAGCGCCCUCCCGGGGCCGUGGGAACUCCGGGGCCCUGCCCAGGUAGACAAGGAGCUGCCUCCAGCGUUGCUUAACUCCUCUGAGACCGCAGCUGGCCUGCCAUUAAACGUAGCCUUGCCUGCAAACCUUGUGCAGUUACCCGUUGCGGGCAGGGGGUCCCUCGUGUUAAGGGCCACCCAGACUGCUGCAGGGGGCUGGGCGGCUGUUCUUGCCAUCUUGCUCUCUUCCCCUGCAUUGCUGAGACCCUCCCAUCUGUCCUGGUCAAACUUCCCAACUGCCCUGGGCAGACCCUUCCAGGGCACUCUCGUAAGGAGCCACCUGGGCCGGGCUCUGUCCAUGGCAUCCGAGGCCUGGCUUGAUCAGAGGAGAGAUUUGAGUUGGAAUCUGUUCCUUGCUGAUCGUGCAAGGCUGGUUUUACCUCUUGACCCGAAAGUGGGAGACCUUGUUCAGCCAGUUUUGUUAUCUUAAACUGCUGGCCAAACUAGUUUGGCUUUGAAUCAACUUUUCUCCAAAGGCCCCCGGGCCCUCCCCAACAAGGAACAGGUAACUGUUUCCAGCUUACUGCCACAGCUGUCCCUACGCAGCCUCUAGUUGCGGGACUGGAAUCCACCGGUCGGCCGUCGGUGACCAAGACACAGGGCAGCCCGUCUCCCUUGGGUACCAAGAGGUCCUUUGACCAACCUCCCUGUGGGAAGGCCUGGCCCAGAAGGUGCACUCGGGCUGAGGGGCAAUCAGUGGGGUCCCUCUGACCCUUUUAAGCCCCAAGAACUGGCAGGUCUGCAGAAGUGAGGGGGAAUCUGCUGGGCAGACCAGGGCGGUCCUGUGGCAGUUCUCUCAGGGACUUUGUUUUUUUGAAAUUUAGUUUGGCUGCUUGUUAAAGGAAGCACUAAUGGCAUGUGGCUGCAGAUGGGUGUAGACCAGGGGGGCUCCCAAGUUGGCAACGUUUAAGACUUGUGCAACUCCCAGAAUUCUCCAGCAUAGCAUAGCUGGCUGGGGAAUUCUGGGAGUUGAAGUCCACAAGUCUUAAACGUUGCCAACUUUGGAGAGCCCUAGUCUAGACUGAAGCAGGUGUUUGCACCAGCCAUUUGUCGCUCCCAAACCCCACAGAAUGACCUUGCAGCCUGGGGAGGUUCUGCUGCCUGUGGAUCUGGUUGCACUGGUCUUUCCCAGGAGGGCGUGUGCAUGUGUGUAUGUACAAAUGAGUAUUUUGAGCAAACACAACAUGCGGAUCAAGAAAGGCUACCCAGUGUUUGUCUAUCUUUUAAAAUAAAUGGGAUGGAUCUGUCCAUAGGAAAACAUCUCUCACUCCCAGUCCGGCUAUAUAUUAAGUGGCGAUUUCCCACAGGGGUCUGCAGCUCAGCAUGUCCAGGACCUAAUUAUGGCCCUGCUCCCAGGUAGCUGUACUGCUUGUGUGAGUCUGAUUAUUUUAGAAAGACAUAUUAUAAAUCUCAAGCGUGUCACCCUUUUGCACAAAUGUUGUGAAAUAUGAAGAGUUGGUUUGUAACAAACUAAAACAGGACAAGGUAUUUUGGGAAUGUUGCUUUUAUUAAGUCCAGUUUUUUUUAAAUUUCAGAACAGUGCUACUGCCUUGAAACACCUCUCCCCCCCCCCAAUUAAGGGCUGGGCCCAAACAGGUUCAUAAGUAAGGAGCUGUUCUGGAUGCUGGCUCACCCCGUUUCCUUCCUGAUUUUCCGUUAGGGAUUGUGGGGUGUUGACCUGUGGCCGCUGCCGCAGGCUGCCCAGAGAGCUGUUUCAAAUUGCCCUCUUGGAGGGGGGGGGUGCGGCCUCUCCACUUCUGGUGCCCUCCCACCCACUGGGAUGCAGGAGUGGACAGUCCCAACAAGCCUGGCAUUGCUUCCCACAGCCUUCAGGGCGCAAACGCAGAGACCCCCACGGAUUGUCUGGGUGUUUGUGUCACCUGGAGAUCCUUCAGCAGGAACCUCAGAAGCCGUUGCUUUUCUCCUCUCCCCAGCACUGCCCUGCAUGCGUGUUUUCCGAGGAGAGACUUUUGGCAUAGGAAAUCAAUAAAUUAUUUUGCUCUUUUACCACUUAGUAUUUUUUUAGUUACAGCACAUUCUUCUCACUGGAAAUUCAGGAAUACAGGAAAUAAAAGUUGAAAAAUUG